UCCAACCUGCUCAUGUACUAACAACACAGUGUCCACAGUUCAUUGCAUCAUGAUGUCUAUGAACAGCAAACAGCCAUUCAGUAUGCAUCCCAUCCUACAUGAACCCAAAUAUACGCCGCUCCACAGUAGCUCUGAAGCUAUCCGAAGAGCCUGCCUCCCUGCUCCUCAGCUUCAAGGCAACAUCUUUGCUGGAUUUGAUGAGACUUUGCUAAGGGGAGCUGAAGCUUUGGCUGCCGUGGAUAUUGUAUCACAGAAAACACAUCCGUUCAAACCAGAUGCCACAUACCACACAAUGAGUAGUGUGUCGUGUACCCCGACAUCAUCUACGGUGCAUCUGCAUCACCCUUCUGUGCUAACAACCCACCACUCACAUCAUCAUCAUCACCAUCCACAUCACCAGUCUUCGCAGGGCUUGGACCAGGAUCUUCUAGACCACCUAAAUCCUACCAUUACCUUAGGAGGUGUUCCAGGACCAGAUGUUGGAUCAACACCGUCCCAUCCACAUGCCCAUAUGUCAGCAAUCAACCACAUGGCCCACCACACACAAUCUAUGAACAUGGCUCAUAACCAUAACUUGGCAGCUCAUGCGGUAAUGUCUUGCACUGAAAAUGAAACAGAUCCAAGAGAACUCGAAUCAUUUGCCGAAAGAUUCAAACAACGGAGAAUAAAACUUGGGGUGACUCAGGCCGAUGUUGGAUCUGCAUUGGCCAAUUUGAAGAUUCCAGGUGUCGGUUGUCUCAGCCAAAGCACCAUAUGCAGGUUUGAAUCCCUUACACUGUCCCAUAAUAACAUGGUAGCUCUAAAGCCCAUCUUGGAAGCUUGGUUAGAGGAGGCAGAGAGAGCUCAAAGGGAGAAAAUGACCAAACCAGAAAUCUUUACUGGGGGAGACAAGAAACGCAAGCGUACGUCUAUUGCGGCUCCAGAAAAAAGAUCUCUAGAAGCCUAUUUUGCCGUUCAGCCAAGGCCAUCUUCAGAGAAAAUUGCAGCUAUCGCAGAGAAACUAGACUUAAAAAAGAACGUCGUAAGAGUUUGGUUUUGUAAUCAAAGGCAGAAACAAAAAAGGAUGAAGUUUUCUGCUACAUACUGAACCAUAGACUGUUUUACACUGAUACAUGAACUGGUUUAAUUCUAAGGGAACUAAGACAGACGUCAACCCGCAGUUUGUCUUCUUAAUUUAACUGAUGUAACUGGAACAUCAGAGCCCACCUGUAAAGUUGGACUGGUGAGUGGAGUUUGGGAUAGCACUGUUUUGCUUUGACUAAGACUCAAGUGACCAAAUUCCCAUUACUUUAUCAAUUAGAACUGAAAAGAAACAACAACAACAACAAAAAAAAACAAAGUAAAUGAGACGCAAGCUUUUGAAACUUGAAAACCCCAAUGUUUUGUCUCAGUUUGAUUUAGCCUUUUAUAUUUAUGAUUGUAAAUAUGGAUCUGUGAUAAUACUGCACCAGUGGUGAAAAUUUUAAGUUAUUUACUAAAUUAAUUUUCUGUACAGCACACAUACCUUGAAUAUAAUUUAAUUUAAUAAAACGACACCCAUUUAAAAAAAAAAAAAAGAAAGAAAAGAAACAAAAAAGUCUAUCAAUUGCAUGGUUUACUUCACUUCCCCUUAUGAAAUCCCAUCCCAUUUGCAAUAAAAGUUCUGUUUCUACCUCAUCAUCUGCUAGAAAGCACACGUGUGAAAUCAAAAAAAAGCAAAAAAAAAAGACGUUAUGGUUAUAGAGUCAUGUCCCGGCAAUUUCACCGCAAAGAUGCUUUGACAAUCAAAUCAUUUUGUUCACGAUAUUUUUGCUUGAAAUACCAAUGACAGUAGACGUGGGGGUAGACGAUUGUCUUUGACAUUUCGGCACAGUCUCGCUAUCGGUGUGCGCACGUUAUUUUCGUUUAAAUAGGAACCGAUGACACGGAUGAGAGUUUUAUUUUUUAAAAGUCUAAAAGUUUAGCGUAUAUGUAAAAUGAUUCCACGAUGGAGAUUUAAAGUGAAUUGAUUUUGGGGAAAUUAUUGAACUUUGCACUUUCUUGGCAAGACACAUAUUGCUUGGCAUAUAUCGGAGAUAUUUCCCUUUGAUUUCUUUUUAUGAGUAUAUUUACUUUUCUAUGUGUGUAUCGAAAUGAAAUUUUGUGUCUGUGUAUGCUACAGAAUUUCCAAUAAACCAUGCACGAUUUACCUCA